UUUAGUAUAGUGGUGUUUUGUUUCUGACAAUAUUCUCUGUGCUGCAAUGGGAUGGGAUCCCCUUUCUUCCCCCAAUGCUAUGUAUUUGUAUUGUCCUCACUUCACUCCUCACUCUAUAAUAAUAAUAAUGUAUAUGAUGUCUAUUCUACUAUAACAAACUGAUGCUCAUUGCUCUCCUCUCUCUCUCUCUCCUUUUAUUCUAACAUCCAAACCCCCCACAAGUGUUGCAGCGCCCAGCAGCUCUUUCCACUCACCAAAAAGAAAUUAAAAAAGAAAAGGAAAAUCACGACUAUUUUUCCCUAAAUCUCAGCUUGGUUAUUGGAAUCCAGAAAUUCAUUCAUUCAUUUAUAUGUUGAUAAUCUGGCAUUUAAUUUAUUGCACUCCUCAAAUCUCUUCACACCCACUUCUUCCUCUUUUCUCAAAUCCACCCUCUCUUACUACUUCCUCCUACUCUUCUCCCCCCAAGCCUAGGGUUUCGUCCAGCCAUCUCGCCGUGUUCUUGUUGCAUGGAUCCUUCAACUCUUGCUGUAACCCAAUUGUGUGAAAAGAACUGGUAGAUUAUAUUGCAAGCAGGACAGGAUAAAGGCUUAGUUCCACAACCAUUUAGUAGUGAUGGAUUUUUUCAAACUGAAGAAGUUUAGGAAUGCCCACAAACCUAACGCCAACAAUGUCACACAAGACCAGCCAGUGCCUCAGCCAGAGGAGCCCAAGAAUGGGAGUGGCGAUCUAUUGGGUAAAUCAGUUAAUGUUGAUUCUACCAAUGCUGAAAUGGAAGAUGAUGAUGAUGAUUUCAUCACAAAUGAGGUGAAGAGGAGGCUCAAAGAGCUGAGAAGAAACAGCUUCAUGGUAUUGAUACCCGAGGAAACUUCUCCAGCUGAUGAGGAAGAAGAAGAGGAAGAGGGGGAGACCAGCUCUAGUGAAUGGAGGGAUGUAGAAGCCGAAGGCCGACAGUUCUGGUCUGGUUUUGAUGCUGUGUAUGACAUAUACUGUGAGCGCAUGCUGUUUUUCGACCGCUCAAGUUCUCAGCAACUGCUAGAAGUUGGUUCUCAUGUUGUUUCAACUCCGUCACCAAGAUCUGCAUCCAAAAAGCUUGCUUCUCCUCUCGCAUGCCUUUCCUUAAGAAAAUUUGAGGCACCGGAAGAGGAAGUUGAGCACCUACAGCAGCCAGUUAGUGACCCUCAUCAUGAUCUUGAAAAUGCAUAUGUGGCCCAAGUAUGCUUGACUUGGGAGGCACUCCACUGCCAAUACACGCAAUUGAGUCAGAAAAUAUCCUGCCAACCUGAAAGUCCCACCUCUUACAACCAUAGCGCUCAACAGUUUCAGCAGUUCCAGGUCUUAUUGCAGAGGUUCAUUGAAAAUGAACCUUUUGAACAUGGCUCAAGGCCAGAAAUCUAUGCACGAACAAGAAAGUCAUUGCCCAAACUGCUCCAGGUUCCAAAAAUCCAAGCUUCUGAAGAGAAAAGCACAGGAGGAGAAGAGGCGUCAAAUCUUAAGGUUCUUGCCCCAGAUUUAAUCAGAAUAAUUGAAAGCUCCAUCUUAAGUUUUCGCCAAUUCAUUAAGAUGGAGAAGAAAAAAUCGGGGGGUGCACGUAAAGUGUUUGGAAAUCAGAACCAGAUGGCAACACCCCUUCAGCAGAUUCAAUCGUCAGUUGAGAAGAAAGCAAUGAAACUGAAGGAGCUGUGGAAGAGGAGCAGGAGCUAUAAAAAGAAAUCAUGGCCAAGUACAGCAGAGGAUGUGGAAAUGUUGCUUGGACUUGUUGAUGUGAAGGUGUUGACAAGGGUUGUGCGGAUGAUGAAAAUUAGCAAAGAGCAAUUGUUUUGGUGUGAAGAAAAGAUGAAGAAAUUGGGUUUAUGUGAUGGGAAAUUGCAUAGGGAGCCGUCACCCGUCCUUUUUCCUUGUUAGUAUUUUGUUUGGUAGAUUAGUGGAAGGAAUGGUGGAGUUGUAGUAGUAGUAGUAGUAGUAGUGGAAGAAUGAGUUGGUUAUUGUGGAAAUGGAGGGGGGAUUGAGUUUUUGUGAGGAGGAGAUGGUAGGUAGUUUGAAUUAAUGUUGAGGUGAAGAGAAGAGAAGAGAAGUAUGCUACUUUGAAUGUUGAGUAAUUUGGUUUGUGGGCUUUUUAAUAUGAUGAUUGUGAUGGAUGAUGAGUUUGAUA